CUGAGCGCCGGGGGAUCUGUGUCCCUUCUGAAAAUGAGCUCGGUGUCUUCAGAAGUGUUUAAAGACCCACAAGUAUAUAAAUUAUGCUUUAUAUUCCCAAACGGAGACAAAUAUGAGGGUGACUGUACAAGGAUAUCUCCUGGAGUCUUUGAGAGAAAUGGAGCAGGGGUUCACACCACCCCCAAUGGAAUAAUUUAUACCGGAGCCUGGAAAGAUGACAAAAUGAAUGGACUUGGAAGACUCGAACAUUUUUCAGGAGCAGUAUAUGAAGGCGAGUUCAAGGAUAAUAUGUAUCAUGGAACAGGGACAUACACAUUCCCAAAUGGAGCAAAAUAUACUGGAAGUUUCAUAGAAAACAGGGUGGAAGGUAAGGGAGAAUAUACUGACAUUCGUGGAUUGGAAUGGAGUGGUACCUUUCAUUUCACAGCUGCUCCAGGGCUGAAACUAAAGCUACAAAUGUAGAAGGUCUUUAAGCUGAAGUAAUAAUGUUUAAGUUGAUGAUAUUCUUAAGCAAUUAUGGCCACGUGUUUCAUUAGAAGUUUCAUAUACUACUUACUGUACUAUGAGUUAUCCAAUAAAAUCAUCCAUUUA